AUGGGGGGGGAAAGAUUUCCCCCCGACGCUUUUCUCCGCUCGGAGGUCUUGCGAUUGACCUUCUUCCCUGCCGCCAUUGUCACGCUGGAACCUCACCGGUCCCUGCUGGCGAUGAAUUUCAUUCGUUAUUCGCGGGCCUUGCGAGCUCCCCGAAGAGCCCUGCCGCUGGCGGCACGCUCGCAGGUGCGACACUUCCACCCGACCAAACCGGCCCAGCUUAUCAACGAAGCAUUGGAUGCCUCCGCAGGCCUCAUUCACGGCGUUCACUCGAUAACAUACCUCCCAUGGGUCGCCUCAAUCCCACUUACAGCUCUCCUGGUGCGAAUGUUCGUUGGCCUGCCUACACAACUAUUUACCAAAAUUCACACCCGACGAGAAAGAGAUAUGGGACCGCUGGUACAGUCAUGGGCACACUUUCAUAAUUCGAUGUCCCAGCGCGGAAACCACAAUUUCGCCACGGCGAUCAAUGCCAGACAAGACGCGGCACGCAAGACAACGGCGGUUGUGGAGAGACUACGGAAACAGCGGGGUGUGUGGAAGAUCGCACGCUUUACUCCAAUUCUUCAGCUACCAGUAUUCAUUUCGCUCAUGGAGAGUCUUCGAGGAAUGUGCGGAAACACCAGUGGCCUUGUCCCAUGGCUUCUGUCCUUGAUUGAGCCGACUCAAGAAUCUCUUGACACCGCAAUCAAGGCCCUCCACCUCACCGUGGAACCAACCCUGGCGAACGAGGGCGCACUAUGGUUCCCCGAUCUCUUAGCGGGUGACCCUACGGGAGUCCUGCCGGCUCUUGUGGCGGCUUCAAUCAUAUUAAACGUGCGAACUGGAUGGAAAACAACGUCAAGGGAGGAAUUACUCGACAUGCCGAAGCUUGACAUGUACCGGUCUAUUACCUUCAACGGUUUGCGCGUGUUCAUCCAGGUUCUGGCGUUGAACGUUGGUCUUUCGGGCUGGUACUAUGAAAUGCCAGCGGCGCUCAUGAUCUACUGGAUCAGUAGUACCAACAUCGCCACGUUGCAGAGUUGGAUUUUGGAGAAGAAGAUGUCCUCACGCUCGGCUUCUCCCACAUUCUCGAAGCGCUACGUCAGCUUUGAGAAGCCCGGUGUCUCGGAUCCUUUUUUUACCAAGUUACGCUGA